UACUGUACUUUAUAAAGUAAACAAACAUGGCUCGAAACAAGGGAUCAAUAUUAUUAGGCUGAAAGUAAACAACUCUAAACGUAUUGGCCACUUACAUUUAAUAAUUGAUUAACUAUAAUUAGCUAUAAACAAUGCGAACCAGUUACAAGAAAAACAGACCCUUUGAUUUUAAGCUGAUCGAUCUAGUGGAACCCAAUCCUGUUCUUUAUAAAAGAUCUGGGCUUUCAAAUUACGAUGCGAUGAAGGCAAAAACGGAUAUUUGGGCCAGGAUUGCCGAGUUGAUGGGUUGUGAUGUGGACUUCUGUCUGAUGCGUUGGAAUAAUUUGCACUACCAGUUCCGAAAGGAGUUCCGACGGGCAGACACCAGUGGUUCCACUUGGCCGUACCUGGAACGCCUUCGGUUCCUUGCCGAUAGUCAACCACAAAUUAAAGCGAAAACUAAGUCCAAAAUAAAGGACUCCCCAAACAAACAGAAUGGCUCCGUACAGGAGGAAACCCCUGUGCAGUUCCUUUGGGAGACCUACGAAGAUGGAGAGGUUACCCAGCAGCCCAGCACCUUCAUAAUCGAAGAGAUAAUCGAGGAGCCCAGCGAGCAGAUUAUCCAGGAGGAAAUCAUCUACGAGGAGCAGGAACCAGCACAGAUACUCUCGCCUAGGAGCAGCUUCCUUCAAAUGGACCAGGUCCUCGCGCAACUCAAGGAACCCCAACGAAAACGAGCAGAGCGAAGAAUAACAGCUUUCCUGCUCAAGUGCCAACUGCGUUCCUUAAGCAACCAGUCCGUGGAAGAUCUUGUCAUAUAG